GUGCUCAAAAGGGGACAAUGUAAACUACCACGACGUCAUGCUGUUUUGCUUGGAUAUCAAGGUUACAGAAGACUCUAAAAUAACAAUGAAACUAUGUAACAACUGUUACAGAAAAAUCAUAUCGUUUUAUAAAUUUAAGGUAUUAUCUUUAAAAAAUGAUGCAUAUUUAAAAUCUUUGGAUUCGGGAGUACAGCUAGCAGACCAAAAACUGACAGUGUACGUGGACGAAAACGGAUUAAAGCACGAGAAUUACUUAGAUUCUGAUGACAUUGGGCCCGGUGUGAUUGAAGAUUGUAACACAGAAAUCAAGGUAGAAGUAAAUGUUAAGGUUGAAGACAAAUUAGAUGUGAAAAUAGAUUGUAAUAAUGAAAAUGCACAUAAUUUUGAGUCUGAUGAAGAGCCACUAAGUGUAGUACAAAAAGUGAAGUAUGAAGAUAUUAGGGAACAGUCGGAACAGACCAAAGUUAAGGCACGAAAACGAAAAAAACGUGUCCGUCCAAAGAAAGCCUCCUUGAAGAAAUCGAAAGAGAAACAUGAAGCGCAAAUAUGUGAGGAGUGUGGCAAGUCUUUCCGUAACCUGAAGGAGCACCUGCUCCAGCACCAGCCAGACACUGAGCGCCGGAAGGUGCAGUGUCAAGCUUGUCCCAAGCUGUUCUUUAACAAGGGGGAUAGGCAUAGGCAUUACAAGACCGUACAUUUGGGCUUAAAGAAAAAAUGUGGCAUUUGCAAUAAAGAGGUGACCCGCCUGUCAGUGCACAUGUCGCGGCACAACCCGUCCACGCUGCGGUUCCCGUGCGUCGAGUGCGAGCGCCGCUUCGUGUCGCAGACUGAGCUGGACGCCCACAUGCUCUCGCACACCAACAACUAUGUAUAUAAUCAUAAUGCGUUCCAGAGGUGA